ACCAACUGUACCUGAACGCGUCGUCGUCGCAGAGAGUGGUGUACCGCCGCGCUCUGAUUGGACGCCAGCGGCGGUGGGCGGGGCCGGCGGCGGAGUGCGGAGACAAUAGACCGAGCGGAGGAUUCAGACUCCUCAGCUUCUCCUGCACCUCCGAGGAUCUAAUGUCAACAUCAUCAUCAUCAUCAUAAUAAUCAUCAUAAUCAUAAUCAUAGUUUAAAGGGUACGAGCUGAAGACUCAGGUGUGUGGAUGGAUCGAUGCUGCUGCAGCACAUUGUGAAAGGAACGUCCGUCUCCAGACCCGCCCUCGGCCCCGCCCCUCCUCCAGAAUGAACUCGUCGCCCCACGGCUCCCGCGCCUCCGUCGACAUCCUGGAGGAACUCCAGCUGAUCGCUGCACAGAACCUGGAGAGGCUGGACAUCAACAAAUACUAUGAGGUCGUCCGCGAACUGGGGAAGGGCACGUACGGGAAAGUGGACCUGGUCGUCCACAAAAUCAGAGGCACGAAGAUGGCCCUGAAGUUUCUGAGGAAGAAGACGACGAAGCUCAAGAGCUUCCUGCGCGAGUACAGCAUCUCCCUGUACCUGUCGCCCUGCCCCUUCAUCAUCAACAUGUACGGCAUCGCCUUCGAGACCGACGACUACUACGUCUUCGCCCAGGAGUUCGCUCCGGCCGGAGACCUGUUCGACAUCAUCCCGCCGCAGGUGGGACUCCCCGAGGCCGUGGCGAAGCGCUGCGUCCACCAGGUGGCCAUCGGCCUGGACUACCUGCACUGUAAGAAGCUGGUCCACAGGGACAUCAAGCCGGAGAACAUCCUCAUCUUCGACAGAGAGUGCAGGAAGGUCAAGCUGUCGGACUUCGGCAUGACGCGGCGGGCCGGCUCUCCGGUGAAGCGCGUGAGCGGCACCAUCCCGUACACGGCGCCCGAGCUGUGCGACGCCUCGCGACACGAGGGCUUCUGCGUGGACGCCAGCACGGACGUGUGGGCGUUCGGCGUGCUGCUCUUCUGCAUGCUGACGGGGAACUUCCCCUGGGAGAAGGCCAUGCCCAGCGACGCCUUCUACGAGGAGUUUGUCCGCUGGCAGCGUCGCCGCACGGGCACGGUGCCGUCGCAGUGGCGCCGCUUCACCGACGAAGCUCUACGGAUGUUUCGGCGGCUCCUCUCCGUGGAGCAGGAGCGCCGCUGCUCCGUCAAAGAAGUCUUCAGCCACUUCAACCACUGCUGGAUGUUGGACACGCAGAACGGGAACAGCAGCAGCGGAGGACCGGCGGGCGGCGCUCCUCCGCUGGACAUGAGCUCGUCCUCGUCUGAAGAAGACGUCCUGGUGGACAGACUGAAGCAUCAGAGCUUGUCGCCGGCCUGCGCGGCGGCGAAGGGGAGCGUCAUGAUGGACACCCACUACUCGUCCGCGUCCACCAACAGCUCGCCGUCGUCCACCGGCAGCUACGAGCGCGUCAACAGGGAGAACAACGAGCGAGGAGGACGCAUGCUGGUGGCCACGUCCAUCGAGAUCUGCGUGUAGAGGCGGCCGACGCCGCUCGACGGGCGACCUGCUGCCGCGAGGGACAGAGGAGAAACGCGACGCCACCGUUCGUUGGCGUCCGAACGUCACGACGUUGUAGCUUCGCUGCCGAUUCGAUCAUUUCCGGUGAAGACGAACUCUGAGGAAGUGACCGGCCCGCGGCCUCGUGUCCCGCGUGAGGCGUUUACUUACGUCACGGAAAAUUAUACAAGACGUGAACUCACGGGACAAAGUGUAAAGAAGAAAAACUAAAAAAACACGAUCCACGAGCAAUAUAUUCAAAUGUUUGGAAGAAAAAUAAUGUGAAGCAAAAGGAAGAAUGUGACGUGUUGUGUUUUACUGUCGUGCACCAUCCUCACGUUUGGUAGAUGUGUUACUGUGAAGUGUGAGUUAAAUUAUUUAUUAUUCAUGUCGAUACAUAUAUUUAUGAUUUAUUGAAACAUCUGAAGCCAGAUUUUUAUUCUCUCCAAGAGAAAUUUAAAUUCUAAAUAAUGAAAAUUAGAAUUCCUUAAAAAAAAAAAAAAAGAAGAAAA